CGGGGGAGCCACCGUCUGCGCACGCUCUCACAUCGUAUUGCAGUCCCCGCCUCGCACAAUCCUCCCCAGAGAAGAAAGAUUCAGACCGCAGACACCGCACGGAGCGCCCUCCCUCCCAUGCUGUACUUCCAGAAGCACUCCCGACGCGAGCCCAGCACGCCUGGAGCGCACCAGAGGAUGCUAUUCGUUGCCGUCGCUGCCAGUGCGGCGUGCUCAUCGAUCACACUUACAGCUGCCGCUGUUGGCACUGCUGCUGCCUCUAUUACUCGCAAUGGCUCUCCCUUCAAUUUGCUGCGAAAAGGUCAGCAAAUUGUCUUUGAUGCCAGCGAGUCCUCUUCCAGCACGCUCGCCAGCUCGAGUCCCGUCACCACCCAGCCCCUUGCCGCGUCCGCCCUUGCCGCCGUGCACCUCUCCCACACCGGGCUCUUCGUCAACCACGCGCAUCUCGAUUACGUACAGGAAGGCGUCUCGCAGCCUCUGACACUGUAUGUAGAUCCGCAGCUGUACGAUGUCCAGCGUGCGAGCCUGCACGUGUCGCACGUGCACAGGAGGGCGUGGGAUGACGUCGCUGUGGAGUGUUCCUACUCUUCUCCAGACGCGGCGAUGCAGAUGGAUGGUGGGAUCGAAGCCUGUGAGAAGAUGGACCUUUCUGCUGCUCUCAAGUACUUUGAUGCAGGCCAAGAUCAAGAGGAGGACCACGACAUGGUCUGCCCCCCAUCUGCAACAACGCCCGACGGUCGCGCCAUUUUCGGGUCCAGCCAUGCGCCUCCACCCGUCGAACACACACCAGACACCCCGUCUUCAGGUCCACCUCGGAAAGACACGCGCACCCAAGCGUGCAAGAUGGUGGACGAGUUUCUAGGGAGACGCAAAAGGCGAAGAAGUGGUGCAGCAGGGCAGCCAGACGACGGCGGCGAAGAUGCAGAACCGCGGCUGCACAGCAUGGUCGUGACUGUUCACACUCCGCGAAAGUCCACCGCACACUCUUCCUCUUCCCGCAGUAGAGGCCAAGACAUAGACUCAAAGAUAUACAAAGCAGACGAGAUCCACCAUUUCUGGCUCUCUCAUCUCUUCUUGCCAGAUGCAUACAAGGCACGCUGGCCACUCGCAGGCAACGCACACAGCAACACAUCCGGCAAGGUCGAGCCCUGGACUGGGCGCAACGUCAACCGUAUCGCCGGUCUUCCCUACGACCCAUUCAUCUCCUCCCCCCCUCUUCGGCGCAACUCGCCUGCGCCUCCGAGCGGCUAUGACCCAGCGAAAGGCACGCUGGACGGCGUAGGGAUCGUCAGCGCCAGGUGGAACACGGGCGUCUCCAUCCGCUCACCAUUCAACACCCGUCCAAACGAUCCGGUCUUUGAGCCCGUCCAUGCGCCCGUCGCAGGACAAAUCGUCUGGGCUGGUCACUACUCUCGCGGGCCAGGGCACAAGUCGGGCGCGAGACAGGACACGGAGCGCGGGUACAUGCUUAUGAUUCGCGACGAGUGGGGGUUCGUGUGGCAGAUCGCUGGCGUGGAGGAAGAGACGCUGCGCGUGCACCCCGGAGAUGAUAUCUUCGUCGGACAAGUCGUUGCGGAUGUCCGGCGACAAGGCGCGACAGCAGCAGCGGAAGCUUCAGCGGGAACACGAGCUGCAGCAGACCCUUACCGCUUCAAGAGUCUGCGCAUUACGGUUGCGAGACCUGACGUGACAUGGACCCGCUGGCCAGCCCCUUUUGUAGCAGGCUGGACAUUCUAUGAUCCCAUGGCCUUCUUCCUUGAAGACACACCUCUAUUCUCACCCGGAAAGCGUACUGGAGGAUCCGUAGCAUUGUCGGGCAAAGAGGGCGCACGAAGAUCCUGGCGCUCGAGCGUCCCGCCGUACGCGAACCCGAACCGCAUCUUCUUUGCACGGCCAGCACUGGACCCGCUGACGGAGACUGUCUCCGCGUUUGCGUCCUCGACAGACCUGCUCACACCAACGCUGAGCGGAAAGGUGCAGAUCAUUGUUUCAUUUGACUCAUACGUCCAAACCCCCGGAGACGGCGGCGAUGCGAUGGACGGCACAGGCCUGUAUUCCCUGCAGUGGGGGCUCAUGCAGGGCCAGCAAGACCGCGAGAGGGAUUGGGACCCAGAAGCAUGCGAGUUUUUCGGUCACGAAUUGGACGGUAGCGAAUGGAGAGUCGCGUUCGAACACGACAAGAUGGUGGCGACGCCAGAGCCAGGAUCUAACGGCACAGAGCCAACUUCUGUGUUUGCGCACAUCGUCCCCUCCUUCACGUACGGCACCUUCUUUAAGACGAAAUACCACUCCGCAUUCGACCAUCGCGAGCGCCACGUCUUCUACACCCCCACGCGGCGUACGCGCGGGCAAGCGGAUCUGCACGGUUCGUGGGACACACGCAAGGAGCCCAACGGGAACGGAUUCUACACCAUCAUCGUCAGGGCUACGGACUUUUGGGGUAAUGUGGGCUGUGUCUCGUCCAAGGUCUACAUUCGGAAUCGCAACAUUGACUACGGCCUUCCGGAUGCUUAAUCUUCGCGCGUCGCACGUCGCAAUUGAUUUGAAUGUAUCAUACAGAGUGGAAGCAAAUCAUUUGAG